AUGUCAAAGAUCAUUAUCACAGGGGCUACAGGCAAUGCUGGCAGCGCCGUUCUUUCAGCAGCUAUCGCUUCUCCCAACGUUUCACACAUCACAGUUCUGGCCCGCCGCCCACCCUACGAGACCAAUCCCAAAGUCGAGUUUAUCCAAAUCCCAUCAAGCGAAUACCCAACAGGCUUUGAUGAGAUUGAGCCCCGGUUAGUGGAGAGGCUGAGAGGACAUGGUGCUUGUAUCUGGGCCUUGGGAAUUAGCCAGACACAGGUCAAGGAGGACGAGAUCACCCACGAUUACACAGUCGAAGCCGCCAAGGCCUUCUCUGCGCUGGGAACCGAGUCGGAGCCGUUCCGUUUCGUCUUCAUGUCUGGAGAAGGCGCCAGGCAAGACGAGAAGGGAUGGAAUCUGUUCAGCAGGGUCAAAGGAAAGACAGAGAAAGAGCUUGCGGCUAUGGCGUCCAAGACGUUUUCGCCUCUGACAGUAAGGCCCGCGGGCAUCAAUCCCACCGAACAGCAUAUACCACGUAUGCACUGGCUCUGGGGGCGCGGCCUGAGGGCAGGCUGUGCAACUUUCAAGGUGAUAUACCCGUCAAAGGUCAUUGAUGCCUCGCAUCUGGGCAAAGUGUGUGUCAGUCUGGCCGGGGGAAAAGGUUGGGAUCAGAUGGACGCCGAACGUGUUGUAUCCAAUGUCAAGCUUCAGAAGAUGGAUUGA